GUUUAGCUCAAUGGUCUGAAGAUAAACAGUGGUACAAAGCCACAAUAGAUGCCAUCACCAGUGAUGGCAUGGUGGCUCUAUCAUUUGAGAGUUAUGAUGCCAGCGACGUCACCAAAAUAUCCCUCCUCAGAGAUCUCAGUGAAGCCUCUACUUUGUUAUCUUCUCCCGUGGCUGGCAAAGGACCUCGGAAACGGCAGGUCGUGGAAGCGCAGCGCGUGCAAAUGAAGAAGAAGAAACAAAAGAAGUUCGACCGCCAGAAGCAAAUCGAUGAAGCGCACGAAGAGGACAAACAGAAAUGGCAGCAGUUCACGACUAAAAGCAAGAAGCUAAAAGGCGUCACCAAGAAAAGCAUCUUUGCGACGCCGGAGACGGCCUCCGGUCGCGUGGGCAUUGGCACUUGCGGCAUCAGCGGCCGCCCCAUGACGGACUACACGCAGGCAGAGAAGAGGAAGCGUGGGGCCUAGGGCUGUAGUGUGCCUAGAACUCGUGUCUUUGACCGUCUAUUAUGACUGUACUAAUUGUAACUCAUGUCUUCGGCCGCCUAUUAUGACUGUAAUGAAUGUUAACUGUAAAUAAUUGUGGCAUCAGCGGCCGCCCCAUGACAGACUACACGCAGGCAGAGAAGAGGAAGCGCGGCGCCUAGGGCUUAGAACUCAUGUCUUCGGCCGUCUAUUAUAAUUAUAAUGAAGGUCAA